AUGGAGGAGCGGGUUAAUGCAAACAAGAAGUUGCGGUGCGAAAUUGAGGAUCUGAAGUUGCAGGUGCAGAAGGCGAAAAAAAAGCUGGCAACUAUGAAAUUACCUGAGAGGGAUUCAGAUAAUUCUAUUCGCCAAGGAAUGCUGUAUCAAAUUCUAUAUGGAUGGUUAGGGGGUACUGUCGAAUCAAAGACAAUGAAGUUCGAUCACACAAAUAAUCAUCACAUCCGCAUACUUAUAUACUACGUUAAUAAUUAUAGACGAAGAAUAUGGGCUAGUUCAUCUGAGGUGGACUCAUUGAAGAGUAUGAUAUGA